CUUUCCCUAUCAACAAGACUUCACCUUUCUCUAUCUCUCUACUAUUCCUACUUCUUCUACAACAUUCUCUGUUUUCGUCAAAAACAAGUCCUCAAAUCCGUACACUAUACAUGAAGAUCCAUUCUCAUCCCUGUUGAAUCACAUUCAGAAGAUAUACAGAUCCUCGAUCCUUCUCCGAUGUGUUGCGGUUGAACUUUUCCGACCUCUCUCCAUCUAUUUCUCUGAUUAAGCUCCUUCAAUGGCGAAUUCUAUGAAACUGAAAGGCAAGUACUACUUCUCUUUCAUUUUCCUUUCCGCAAUUCUUUUUUCUCGCUCAUCUAGGGUUUUAGUAGCCGGUUUGGAGUCUGAUCCGAUUAGAAAUGUUCCUUCCACGUCUGAGCUUGAUUCCGUUGAUGAAUUGAAUCGGCAACAAGUUCAGAUUGAUAAACUAGAGGAGUUAGUGAGAAAUCUUAGUCAGUUAGUGUCUAGGUUACAGUCGAAAUUCGAAGAAUCUCCGGAAAUCAGAGUAUUAGAUGAUUCAGAAAUUGUUAAUCGAUUGUAUAAUCACGAGAAUGAAGAAGGUGCUGUUUCGGUUACUAAGCAUAAUCCAUUUUGGUCAGAGAGGUUUCAAUUUGUGUCAGCUGUUAAGUUAAAUUCAAAUGCUACAUCUAUUAACAUACUUCCGUUUAGGGAUUUUGAUGGUUUGAGUAAGUAUAUUGCUGUUGGUAAUGAACAUGGUAGGGUUUAUUUGAUUUUACGAAACGGCCAGGUUUUGAUUGAUUUCGAUACGAAAUCAGAUUCGGCUGUAACUUCUAUGUUAUCUUACAUGUCUGUUGGUAAGAACGAGAGUGUUUUGAUUACUGGACAUAAGAAUGGAAUGAUUCUCGUUCAUAGGGUUUGGGAGGCUUCGAAUUCCGAUGAGUGGAGUUCGUCGCUCUCGAUUAAUAAUGUUGGGAAAUUCGAUCCUUCGCCGGAGAUAAACAUGUUGGAGUUGCAUUAUGUGGGGAGAAUGAGAUACAUUGUAAGUACUGAUACUAAUGGGACUAUUAGGGUUUUUCGUGAGAAUGGAACGGUUUAUGGAUUGGCUUUUCCGAAAAGUAAGCCACUUGCAUUCUUGAAACAAAGGCUUAUGUUCUUGACGAAAACCGGUGCGGGCUCUUUGGAUUUAAGGAGUAUGAGGAUAAGGGAGAGCGAAUGCGAAGGAUUGAACCAUUCUUCGGCGUUAUCUUACACGUUUGAUCCAACUGAUAGGGCAAAGGCUUAUGGUGUGACGAAAGAUGGAGAUUUGAUUCAUGUUAUGUUAUUGGGAGAUGCAAUGAAUUUCAAAUGUAGGGCUAGGGUUUCCAAGAGGAAAUUCGAUAUAAGUUAUUCUCGGAUUGCCUUACAGGCAAUCCGAGGAUAUCUUCUCAUUAUCAACCCUGAUAACGUGUCGGUCUACAACGUAUCCUCUCAUCACUACGUUAGGACCGGUGGACCCCGGCUCCUAUUCGUCGCGAGUAUGAACGAGAUUCGUCACUCGUUCCCCCACUCCGAGUUGAAACCGACGACGACGUAUUCGAUACCUUUAAUAACGAGCGAUCGCGAGAAGCUCGUUGUUUUAAGUCUCGGAGGCGGUUACGUCGGGACUUUUAAGUCGAACCUCCCGGUUUAUAAACCGGAGUCGAAUACCAUUCUAUGGACAAGUCCGGUUUUAUUCUUUGUUCUAUUCCUAUUUGGCGCGUGGCAUUUUUUCGCGAAGAAGAAGGAUGCAUUGACUUCGUGGGGACCGGAUGAUCCUUUUACCUCGAGCCCGGUAAAUGGAGAUUCGUCGUCAACUCCUUCUAGGGUUCUUGAUGGUGGUGGAGGAUUAAGAGGUUCGUCAAGAAGGUAUAACUCUCCGCCGCCUAGAUAUUCGAGUGGGAAUGGGGCGGCAAGUUCAUUUAGCAGCAGUUCGAGAGGAGGCGGCGCCACCACCACCGCGAUGGAUCCUAGGGCAUCGGAAAUAAAAUACAGGGGGACGAAUAUAGAACAAGUGGGAUUGUUGCAGAAGAGAAGAGAAAGCUUAUUUGGACAUAGUUUAGUUGUAGAGAAUAAUAAUGAUAGGAUUAAUUAGUUACAUUAUUCUCUUGAAUGGAGUUGCUAUGGUAAGGUUUUAUAUAGUUAUAUUUUGUUGUAACUUUAGUUAAUAGUAAUUAUACAUCAUGCCUUUGAUUUGGUUUUGGAACUUUGUUCCAUAUAUAUUGUAUACAUGUGUACUUUUCAUUUUUAAAAUUUGGGUAUUUCAUAUUUGUUGU